AUGUACAUCGACCCUUGGUGGACUACUUCAGUUGAGCAUAUCUGGAAGGAAACGAUCCAGCCGCGAGGUGUCCCUAUUUUGUGGACUUGCGCAAUUUCGAUUGCCUCCUACCUUUGGUGGCUUUCUCGGAACAACAACCAAAGUGCUCAUCUCAUCUCAAAAUCCACACCAAAUCGAAUUCUUUUGGAUGAUUUGGCGAAAGCCUUGAAACUGCAAAAGGACGUUCAGCCAGAAGUGAAUGCAGAUUGCAGUAGUCUGGCGCCAUUCUCAGGGAGGCAAAAGACUGUUACGCCGCGAUUAAAGACACAGCGUUCUUCAAGUCUUUGUAGUUCCUCACUUACAUCAAAGCCUCCCGGACCCCCGAUAUUCGCUCGCACAGCCACAGACGAACAUCCCGGGUUUGCAUGCUGGUGCGACAUAGAAGCCUCUCUAUUUCGCGUUUACAUUCGUGGUCGGGUUGACGACACUCCUGUCAUUCCGCCAUAUAAUCCUCGAUCCCGUCGUGGUAAGGUUGACUUGUACUUGCAAGUGACCAACGCGACGUCCCGGUACUUGCAAGUCUUUUGGACGACUUGGAUCGAUCACCCCUGGAUCUUUCGGGACGCCCACACUGACGACAUUAUCCUGCAUUAUAUACCUUACCGUGUUAUUCCUACCAAUUCAUCACAGCCUACAGUACACCCCGAAGAUCCGACAUUGGGCAUGCAUCGCUUUACGAUACGGGACGUGAUACACACGACUACUCAAGAACAGGCCUGCUACAGCUGCAUCGUGGACGAUCCUAUUCUGCCCUUUCCCACCGCAAACCACCUCACGUCAAAAUCCGAAGCUCUCGAGUGGACGUUGAUUUACUGUCAACGCCUUUGUUACCUGGACUGGCCGGUAUUGCAUGCAUAUUUACGCAAUAUUCUGCUAAACCCGGACCGAGCCAAAUAUCGUCGACUGCGAAACGGCAAUGUAAACUUUGCGAGCGCUGUUUGGAAUACGCCGGCAAGGGGAACACUGCUGACUUUAGGUCUUGUGGAACACGGUGGGUAUGUUGAGCUGGGCACAGCCAAACCGCUGCCGCCCGCACGGAUUCGUGAUGUAUCUAAAGCGUUGGCUCGCAUCGAUGGCUUGAUUCGAACAUUGCGGAAACUCGAUGGGGAUGUCGUUAUCUACGUCACAGCCACGUGGUGCCGAUGGCUACGGAGCGGCAGGGUACUGUCGUGCUGGCGCGAUGGCGGAGAUCUAAAGCAACAUAAUAGAGAAUGUGUGCAUCAAACGCUUAGCCUGGAUGCUUGA